AUGCCAGGUAGUCAUUGUUCGUCAACGUCCAGUGUGCUUCAAAAUGCCAACGGUACCGGUGACCGACCGUCGGCUGGUAUCACCGAUCGUGAUCGUUUGAAAAUGGCCUCCAUCCUGUCUCGCUUCUCGUCUCCAACUCACCAACAACAAACAACCGCAAAGACAACAACCACAUCGUUAUUGAACAACUUCAGUGUGCGCAGCUCAGAACCGUCGUCAAUGGAACGUGUCAAAACUGAGGGUGAACGAAGUACCGUCGAGAAACGUUUCGCCUAUAAUUUAUUGGAGAAAUUAAUUCAGUAUUUGGAACAAGCAUCGGUAAAAAUGAAGACAGUGAAGCCGAGUCAAGAGUUGAGCCGUCGAAAUAGUUUUAAGAAAGAGGGACAAGAUGUGAAAUUCUUUGAAAAGGUGAGCGAUUGUGAC